UCACGCCCCCGGUGUCCCCAAGACAGGGCAGGGGCGGAGGCAAGGCAGGGCCAAGGUGGGGUGUGCGGCCACUCACCUGCUGCCGGUGGAACCCAUAAUUUAAAUCAUUAUGGCAGUCAUGAUAACUCCACUAGCUUACUGAGGAAGCAGCAGAGGAAGAGGGAAGAAGGAGGAGGAGGUGGAGGAGAAGAAGAAGAAGAAGAAGAAGAAGAAGAAGAAGAAGAAGAAGAAGAAGAAGAUUCUCAUUCUCUUCUCGUCAGAUUUGAAAAGUGUGCGGAGCCCAAAAUUUUCUUUGUUGUUUUUUUGGCAUAAAGAAAGGAUUUUCGGGAUUGAACUUGCGGAAGGGUGAGGUGGGGUUGGGCAUGGUUAUGGGGGUGGCUCCUCUUUAGUGAGGUGCUGGUCUGCCGGAGAAAAUGUUCUGCCGGAGGAGUGUCAGCACCAAAGAGAGAGGAUCUGUGCCGGUCUACCUCAAUGUGUACGAUCUGACCCCCAUCAAUGGCUACGCUUACUGGGUUGGCCUCGGGGUCUAUCACUCCGGCGUGCAAGUUCACGGGGUCGAGUAUGCCUUCGGAGCUCACGAGUACCCGACGACGGGGAUUUUCGAAGGGCAGCCAAAGCAAUGUGAUGGAUUCACAUUUAGGAAGACAAUCUUGAUCGGGAAGACUGAUCUGGGGCCCGCCCAGGUGAGGGCAGUGAUGGAGGAGCUAGCAGAAGAGUAUAGGGGUAAUGCAUACAAUCUCAUCACCAAGAACUGCAAUCAUUUCUGCAAUGAUGCCUGCAUUCGGCUCACCGGAAAUCAGAUCCCCAGCUGGGUCAAUCGGCUUGCUCGAAUCGGUUUUCUCUGCAACUGUGUGCUUCCAGCAACCUUAAAUUCCACGAAGAUCGGUCAUCACAGAGCAGAAGACAAGGCUCCAGAAGGAGAGAAGACAAAACUCACAAGCGCUACGACCAAGUUCACCCCAUCAAACUCUUCCUCUUCAUCCUCGUCCCCUUCGAGCAGUCGGGGCAGAAGCAGAACCAGGACCAGACGAACUCAACAGCCAUCCUCGCCCUUGAUCCUCAGUUCUCCUUCCACGUAAAAAAAUCAAAGCGUCUUCAUUGAAUCAAUUGAUUCAUCGAUAUUGUCUCGACAUUGAAACAGAAUAGCAAGCAAGCUGUUCCCCGGGAGGCAGCCCCGUUUUUCCUCUUUUUUUGGUCAUUCAUUCUUUUUGUUGUCAUCAAAUCUUCAACCUAGCACUUAAUUUGAUGGAAAGUGCAGCUCAUAUUUGUACAUCUCAAUUCGUUUCCUCACAUUGAUUACCUCUCUCUCA